UCUUUCAACACUGGUGGCUGAUCCCUCUACUCUCCGGGUUGCAUCACAUCCCUCUGCUGUGAGCUGAUUAAACAAGAUAUCACAUCUAUUUAUUCUUUGUUUGGACAAUUAGUAGUAGGGUGGUAGUAUUUCUAACGUCAUUUCUAAUUUAAACUUGACGUGUUGUCUAAGUAUUCGUUUAAUUAUCAAUGGCUUCGUAUUAUUUCUGCUCGCUGUAGUUUCCUGUGGCGCUCCAUGCGUUUAUUUUCGAUUGUGAAUGCUACGAAAAAACCUUCUGUUGUUGUUUUUUUACUUUCUGAUCCGUGAUGAUAAAUAUUACAUUACGGGGUGGAGGGCUGGCUCUCUUUAUGUUCUUGCUGGGUAGUGAUUUUGUUUUGGGUUGGUUGAACAACAUUAAAUCCAGCACACAGCAAAGUCAACGGUCUAUAACCUCCAGUUCAGACCAGAGUUGCUUCUGUCACUUGACAGGUGUCUUAGAUGACUGCUUCUGUGACAUAGAGAGCAUUGAUGUCUUCAACAACUUCAAGAUCUAUCCCAAAAUUCAGAAACUAAUAGAGAGAGACUUCUUCAGAUACUAUAAAGUAAACCUGAAGAGACCAUGUCCCUUCUGGCCAGAUGAUGGACAUUGCUCCAUCAAGGACUGUCAAGUGGAACCUUGUCCAGAGAGUAAAGUUCCAGUGGGGAUUAAAGCUGGCAACUACAAUAAAGAAUACUGUUUGAUGGGAGAUAGAGGCCUCCAAUCCAAAAGGACAGGAAACCAGAAGCCUGAUGCUGCCCCGAAAGGAGAGACGGACACGGAAGAGCCUGGGCACCAUAAUGCCCAUUGUGCUAGUAGCUUUAAUGAGAAAGACAGUGCAAUGUAUUCACAGGCUGCAAACACUGUAAAACAAAUCGAGGAUUGUGUGCAAGCUAAUCAACUUGGAGCUAUAAAUAGCACUUUAAGCAACCAAAGUAAAGAAGCUUUUGUAGACUGGGCAAGGCAUGAUGAUGCAAAGGACCAUUUUUGCGAACUCGAUGAUGAGACAUCACCUGAUGCAGAAUAUGUGGACCUGCUUUUUAACCCAGAGCGCUACACUGGAUACAAAGGACCUUCAGCAUGGAGGGUGUGGAACAGCAUCUACGAAGAAAACUGCUUCAAACCCAGAUCUGUUUACCGUCCCUUAAAUCCACUGGCACCAAGCAGAGGAGAUGAUGAUGGGGAGGGCUUCUACAACUGGCUGGAAGGUCUGUGUCUUGAGAAAAGAGUAUUUUACAGACUAAUUUCUGGGCUCCACACAAGUAUCAACAUACAUCUCUGUGCCAAAUAUCUGAUACAAGAGGGCUGGGGAAAAACCACAUGGGGAACAAAUAUGAAGGAGUUCAGACAUCGUUUUGAUCCUGUUGAAACUAAGGGAGAAGGGACCAGAAGACUUAAAAACCUAUACUUCUUAUACUUGAUAGAGUUGCGUGCUUUGUCCAAGGUAGCACCAUACUUUGAACGGACCAUUGUGGAUUUGUAUACCGGCAAUACAGAGGAAGAUGCAGCUACAAAGGAAUUACUUUUGCAGGUCUUUAAUGAGACAAAAGCAUUCCCUAUGCAUUUUGAUGAAAAGUCCAUGUUUGCUGGAGGCAAAACAGAAGCAAAGAUAUUAAUGGAAGAGUUCAGGCUCCAUUUUAAAAAUAUAUCCCGUAUAAUGGACUGUGUUGGCUGUAGUAAGUGUCGGCUGUGGGGUAAGCUUCAGACCCAGGGUUUGGGGACAGCACUGAAGAUUUUGUUUUCAGAAAAACAAAUUAAGAAUCUUUCAGAGAACAGCCCUUCUAAAGGCUUUCAGCUCACACGUCAGGAAAUUGUUGCACUUCUGAAUGCUUUUGGAAGACUUUCUACAAGUAUAAAGGAGCUUCAGAAUUUCAGAACUCUUCUGCAGGACAACAGGUAACAAGCAUUGCCAGCCACAGAGUGGCGACUGCCAAUGGGCACUGCAAUAAUCUGCUUGAUUCUGGUAUUUCCCCCAGAAUGAGACCACUUCUUCAGGAAACAUUUCAUAAUGAUCUACAGUACUUCUGUUUAACCCUUAAAUCCAGAAAUUCUGUGAAUCCUAAGAAUGGGUUACACAAAAAUAAACAGUGCAUUUUGUAGCAAAAGUACCAGAUCAGAUUAAAACAUCUAGGUAUACUUGAAGUACCAUGUUUUUUUCUCUACGCAGCUAGUUAUAUAAAUUUUACUUUUGCUACUGUUUGUGACCCCCCUCUUUUAUCACGAGAUGCUCUUUAAGUUCACAAAGAUGUUUGUUUUAAGGAAUUUGUUACAGAAUUUGUGGUGUGUCAAGUUCAGUUUAGACUUCAGAGAGAAUCUACAGCUGUGGCCAAAAGUUUUGCAUCACCUAGAAUUUUAGGAUUGAGGCAAAAAAAAAAAAAGUAAACUAUUUGAACAUAAUUUAGAUAUUUUAUUUAACGCCAUGUAACCAAAGAAACUACAAAAUGAUAUUGCAAAAGUCUAACAGAAGCCAUAAUAGUACAGUAUUUCAUGUUAGAUUUUGAAAUGUUAAAUUAUUCAUUUUUUUCAGUUUUUCAUUAAGUAUAGGGAAUACUACAAAUCCGAAUUUAAUUCAGUAUGUUAACAUAGCAUUGUUCAGAAGGUUUCAUUUGACUUUAUGAAGCAAAAUUAGUUCAUUCUAUAGGGUGAUGCAAAUAUUUUGGCCAUAGCUAUACAGUGAAAACUCCAGAUUGGAACUGUAUUACAUCAAAAUGUUGUUAACCUGAUGCAACUGAUACAAGCAUAAGAUUCACCACAAAUAUUAGAUUGCUUUUGUAUGUGUUUUUGGUGCAUUGUUAGUUGCCAAUUUUAGUUCUGCUCCCCAGCCUUUAUUGUCUACUGUUGGAGAUUGGAAAUAUACAUUUCUGUUCCUGUGUGUAACGGAAGGUUCUAAAAUACUUCAACAUUCACUAUUCAAGUUUGUUUCAUGUAGCAUCCACUAUACAGCUACUGGUUUUGAUGGUGAAUUCAGUCCCCAUUUGAGUUUGUUGCUAAAUCCCAUUUGGAAAGUUAGCAGCCAUUCUGGCUUUUGAUGUGUUUAUUUUGAUGCGUAACCCAAACCCACAGUUCACAUUUAAUUGGCGCUCCCGUGCUUUUCCAGCUGAUGUGUAAUUGACAACCAUGCAGAAAACCAAAGGGACAGUGUAUUAUUUUUAAAGGGUUGCUGUUAUCUACAGAAUGACCAUAAAGACUGUCUAACAAAUAUGACCAUAGAAUUGUAAGAAGCCACUGCAAACUGUUUUCAACUAUAUUAAUGUUUGUAGGACCAUAAAAGCCACUUUAUUUAACCUUUUAAAAGACAUUUAUGAAUCAUUUUAUAGUUAAUAUUGUUUGAACAAUUCUUGAAUAGGGUGUGUGUGUGUAUAUAUAUAUAUAUAUAUAUAUAUAUAUAUAUAUAUAUAUAUAUAUAUAUAUAUAUAUAUAUAUAUAUAUAUAUAUAUAUAUAUAUAUAUAUCAUCUAUUGAUCAUCUUGAUCUAUUUAUUUUGACGCAUAAACCAAACCCAAAAUUAUAUAUAUACAGGCUAACUUCACUAUAACAACCCCCCCUGGGACUUGGAGAAAUGUUCGUUAUAUCGUGGAGUUCACUAUAAUAGGGUUUGGCAUUUUUCUGUAUCUGAAUAAUGAAAAAACGGCAAAUUUGAAUUGAACAUCAAUAUAGUACAUUUAUGAAGAUUCCUUCACAUUGAUCAACAUUUAAACGGUAUUGUGACAAAGUACACAUGUCACAUGUGUGGGUAACCGCAUUGCAAGACAGAGGAAUUGGAGUUGAAACGCCUGCACAGGCGCGCAGGAUUUAUUAAACACAAAACAAAGUAAAUAAAUGGGUCAUGUGACGGUAGCGCCCGUCUAUAAACAAUAAUUUGAUCAAACAUAACAACUCCAAAAAGCACACAAAACAAACCCGUUUCCACAUAUAGAUUACACCAACACUAAUUCCCCCCUGUGGUAUGUUUAAAAGAAAAAAGUAAAGAAAUGAAAAAGGAAAGAAUGUACACUUCCAUGCUGAAUACAGUAAUUACAUGUCCUUUCUCUUGAUAAAACCAUCCAGUGUAGAUUGCUCCUCACGCCCGUUGCCUGGUUGCAGUUUGUGGGAAGAUGACGUACAGGCAACAAUUGCAUUUGUCAUGCAUGAUUCGUACAAUAGGUCUUCUUUGAAUUAGCGUUAUCUUUGAAUUAGUCAACCAUGGUCUUUGUUUUCACUGAGAGAAUAACACACUUGAUACUGGAGAAAGUUCAGUGUCAGUCAGUACUGAGAUCGUUCGGGUCAAUCCUGUCCGUGACCGUUCUAAUAGGGCUAAUUUGCAUUGAAAAAUGUGGUUCUUGCUGUUGGGAUCGUUAAAAACAGGUGUUCAUUAUAAGAAGGGUUUGUUAUAGUGAAGUUAGCCUGUAUAUAUAUUCAGUAACAGAAACUUUGUUAAAACAGCGUUAAGGUUGCAGUUCAAAAUCACAAAAGUCAGGAAAUGGGAUGUUAAGGUUGCACGCAACGUUAACGCACCCCUAUUAUGCCUAUGCGUCACAUCAGAUAUGGUGUCAUACAUGACAUCAGUAAUGACAUCAUCAAUGACUGUGUUUAUUGAUAUGCAAGGAGGCUGUGUGGUCCAGUGGUUAAAGAAAAGGGCUUGUAACCAGGAGGUCCCCGGUUCAAAUCCCACCUCAGCCACUAACUCAUUGUGUGACCCUGAGCAAGUCGCUUAACCUCCUUGUGCUCCAUCUUUCAGGUGAGAUGUAAUUGUAAGUGACUCUGCAGCUGAUGCAUAGUUCACACACCCUAGUCUCUACAAGUCACCUUGGAUAAGGCGUCUGCUAAAUAAACAAAUAAUAAUAAUAUGCAGAAUAUUGUCCUGUCAGCUGUUCUUAGGAACUCGUAUGACAAUAACAACACAAAGAAGCAGAGUUUGGUCCUCAAUCUCCAUGGCACUGUUCUAGAAAAAAAAACUAACAAAAAAAACAUUCCUUUUACUGAGUGUGAUACAUAUUGAAAUGCAUUUGGUAAACCAAUGGUCUUGGAUAGAUAUGUGGCAAUGCCAUAUUGCAUUGGAAGUAACAGUAGUAAUUAUGCAACACCUAUAUCACGUCUAUAGACAGUAGUGCAAAUAGUGACAGUGCGCACAAUGAAAGUGUAUUGUUUUGUGUAUGUGUGUGUCUACGUUGGCACUUACGUCAAGGAGCAUGAUAGCUACAGUCCAGCACAGAGAAUUUUUUUUUCCAGUAUAAUGUACAUCUGGGCAGUCUUGGUGGAGCAUUUGAUAUGUGAUUAGUUCAUGUUAAAUUUAAUUACAAAAACAAAAGACAUAUUCCUCUAGACGAUUAGAUUUGACCUCUGACCUAAGCAAAGACACCUUUUAUAUUGUCUGGUUUUUUUUUUGUUUUGUUUUUUUAACAUAUACUAACAUCCAGGUAUUAUAAAAAAUAAAAUAUGUACUUCAGUGAGUUACAGGUUCUGUGACCCUUUAAACUAAAGAUCUCCUCCUAGUUUAUGAUGACAUCACAGAAACUCUCCAAAGGUUAUUAUUUUGGUAAUGUUCUUCUGUGAAGUCUUGGUGGAGCAUUUGUCAUGUGAUUAGUCAUUGCUGAUGUCAUUACUGAUGUCAUGUAUGAUAUCAUAUCUGAUGCAAAGCAUAGGCAUGUUUUUUGUAAUCCUGCUGUUUGUUGUGUUAUAAACUUUAUUCAAAAUGCUGUCAGGUGAUCUGUUGCUGGUGAUCGCUUAAAUAAAGUUUGCAUCGAUUUUGUUUUAUUUUUACAACUUGUGAAUGAAACCACAGAGUAGCCUAGUUUGCUAUAUUAUUUACUAAAUUUAAGUGAUUUUAUAAAUCUACUGUUAAACUCCAAGAACAAUUUGACUGUGAUUCUACAUCUCUGAAAAUGUCUAGCCCAAGUCCUAAGUAUUAUUAUUGUUAUUAUUUUUUUAAUGAGGAAAUUGAUAAUAAGUACAGAUAAAAAUACGCUGGGUCCUGACUACAGUAUUUGCGCUAAAUGAUCAUGACUGUACAGAACAGAUUGGUACAGUACAGUUUCAGAUGGUUGUGUGUGUGUGUGUGUGUGUGUGUGUGUGUGUAUAUAUAUAUAUAUAUAUAUAUAUAUAUAUAUAUUGUUCUGGUUUUGUAUAUUUGUCAUUUCCGUGUUUUUGUUUUAUGACGGCUAAUCGAGAUAUUUUUUUAAUUCUAUACAUUCCCAUGUUAUUUACGCUAGAGCAUCAAAGUGCAUAGCUAUUUGUUUUACGUUAGAAAUAAACAAAAAUGAUUUCUUUGGAAGUUCACCUGGCUUUUGUGGGUGAGUGUUUUCGAUUUUUUUGUAAGUCUAAUGUAAUGCAAAUAAUCGUUUUAGGCCUAUUUUGAAAUGUUUUGCCAUUAUUUAUAACUUCUCUGGCGCACAGUCUCUCAGCCUAAGUGUACAUGUAGGUUUUAAAUACUCGUUCACCUUCUAUCACUGACUGAUACGGUUUUUAUUAUUUAUUUACGUACCCUGUACAGUACAAUAUGAUGCUUUGUUACGCUUGUGAAAAGCUUGAAAUGUAGGCUACUAUCAGCCGUUCAGCGUGCAUUCUGGGAGCUAUAGUUCAAACUGGAGAGCGUUCCAAAGUGGUUGUAUUGUUACAGCUCCAGUAGGAACUACACAAAAACAGUUACCAAAUCGUACAACGGCAUGCGUAGCAUUCAUUUUUAAAAGUACUUUUUUAUAUUGAAAUACACAUUUUUAAACCUCCCCACCCACAAAAGGCACUAAAGACUACUUAGAUGAAGUAACUUGCCAAAUGGCAGUAAUAACUGGGCACACUGGGCAACAGUGUGGAGUAGUGGUUAGGGCUCUGGACUCUUGACCGGAGGGUCGUGGGUUCAAUCCCCAGUGGGGGACACUGCUGCUGUACCCUUGAGCAAGGUACCUUACCUAGAUUGUUCCAGUAAAAACCAACUGCAUAAAUGGGUAAUUGUAUACAAAAAUAAUGUGAUAUCUUGUAAGUCGCCCUGGAUAAGGGCGUCUGCUAAGAAAUAAAUAAUAAUAAUAAUAAUAACUGUCCAGUCGUUUUUUACCAACAGGUGAAUAAUAAAAAACGCUCUCCCUGCCCCAAACUUACAUAAAAAAACGGCAGUUUUUAAAAAGUGCUGUAGCUCAAAAACUACCAGACAGAAUAACACAAAACAUACAUCCCUUCCCUUUUGAAGAUCAUUUUAAACCACGUGUUCUUUAAGUUAUAUAUAAUCACUCAUUUCAGUCUUUGUCAGACAGAAUUGAGUUUUAGCUCUCAUACGCUGCGAAUUAUACAGAAGAGAUAAUAACAUAAAGCUGUUGAGUGGACGGCAAAUCCUGCCUAAAUAACUUUGGAUGCUUUACAAAUCAACCAAAUCAAUCUAUGGCAAGAAUAUAAAACAAAAAAUGCAUGUUGUCCUUGGAUCAGAUGUUUCACAUAUGUUUACCAAGGUUUAUUUUUUGUGUGUAUGACAUUGACUCAGAUUUGCUUUAUUUGGUAAAUAAUUGUCAGAUUGGGUGUACAUUUUAAUUAUGACGCUGCUGUCCUUGUACCAAAUUAAGAAAAGGAAAGAUGCUCCAUAAUUUAAGAAACAACUUUUUCUCAAAAAGGUGCAUAGCUUGUUGUGCGAUACAAUAGCUCUUCUAAAAUCUGGGUGAGCAGGAGCUGUCUGUGGAGCAUAAAAUCAGUCUCACAAACACUUGAUCUUUUUAAAUGCACUUUAUCAAGUGAGUAGAAUCACCAGUAAACCCUCUAUAAAGGCAACAUAAAUAUCUGGGUUGGUAAGAUUUAAAGGAGUAUGUGUCAAAAUGACUAUAUAAAUAAUUCUGGAAAGCUGUCUUUCAGAACAAAAUCAUGGUUGGGAAUGAAACGUAAUUGGGGGAGGAAAUGAAUAUAGAAAGUGAAAUGAAAUUAAAUAGAUUUGCAUUUGGGGGCUAUUGCAGCAAGGAUUGCACCUUUUAAAAAAAGAAUAAGAAACUCACCAUGUACACCUGAGUCCAUACACAAUUUAUUGUUUACAUUGUAGGCUUAAAAGAUGCAUAUACAGACUUGUUUUAAGUAUGUUGGCAAUUUACUGAGCCUUUCCAGUUUGUCUCAUUUACAUUCCCUAAAAUAACAUGCUGCCUAUGAAAUUGUUGUGCCAUUUCAGUUUCACAAUUGUUUUUUUUGUUGUUGUUUUUUUUUUCUGUAUAAACCUUUGAUGCUUUCCUUUUGCUAAGCAAAGGUGAAGGAAGUUGUGGGUUGUUCGGAACAGCAAAGCCUGCAAACUGUAGUACUGUACUGUGUUCUCUUCUCAUGUAUGAAAUGCAUGAUAUUUAGCACAAGAUUAUCUGUGCAAUCCACUGUCUGCCUUAAGAUAAACAAAGUGCUUGCUCACAGUGACAAAACUGAUUGUAGGAUUUCAUCUUAAACUUUAUCUAUGUGUAGGAUAUUCUCUUUACUUUGCCUUUUUAUUCUGUGAACUAUCCUAAUCUUUUACUGUUUUGUAAAAGAGUAAAUUCAAACUGUUGCAGGAACCGAAGCAUGUUGAAUUGCACCUAAUUGUUGUGUCUACUUGUCAAUUAUAUUUAUUUGAAGAGAUAAAUAAAUAUUUCUGGUUGUAAAAUUUGAAA